AUGGCAUUGCGGCUUAGCAGUCUCCGAGCUGCGCGCCGGCUGAGAAGUUUGCACUUCGUCCCAGGCGGCUCUCAGAAGUUCCUGGACAAGGCGCUGGCCUCGCGGGCCGAUGCUCUGAUCAUCGACCUGGAGGACUCUGUGCUGCCAGCCGAGAAGCCGGCAGCCCGUGUCGAGGUGGGCAAGUGGAUGACCUCCACACAGUGGGGCGACAAAACGGUUUGUGUGCGAAUCAACCCGCUGGACACCAACCUCUGGGAAGACGAUGUGGAGGCGACGCUGAAGGCUGACAAGCCUGACAUGCUGGUGGUGCCGAAGGUGUCCAGCAGAGGCGACCUGGACCGCCUGGACGUGAAGCUGUCGGCCAUGGAGCAGCGCUUGGGCCGCGGCGUGGGCAGCACCACGCUGCUUCCCAUCGUCUCCGAGGUCCCAGAGGCGCCGCUGCGGGCCAGCGACAUCGCCCAGCACCCCCGAGUGGAGGCGGUGACCUGGGGCGCGGAGGACCUCUCUGCAGAGCUGGGGGCCAAGAAGCGGCGGGACGGCCAGGGCGAGUAUCUGGAGGUCUUCCAGCUGUGCCGAAGUCUGACGCUGCUGGCAGCCAAGGGCGCCAAGAAGCAGGCCAUCGACACGGUCUUCACCAACCUCAAGGACCUCCAAGGAUUAAGGGCCGAGAGCGAGAAGUCGGCAGACACCGGCUUCGAUGGCAAGCUCACCAUCCACCCCGACCAGAUUGAUGUGGUGAACGCGGCCUUCGCCCCAACCUCCGAGGAGGUGGCAGAAGCGCAGGCCUUGCUGGAGGCCGCAAAGACCCAGCCAGGGGCCUUCCGCUUCAAAGGCCAGAUGGUGGACAUCCCACACUUCAAGCAGGCACAGAGGAUCUUGGACAAGAUGGAUGAUGCAGGGCCUUCGGCCAGCUCAAAACCAGCAUGGCCGGAAGGGCCAAUCCAUGGGAAGUGGCUGGAGGAGUUGACUGAAGGUAUGGUUAUCCGCCAUGCGCUUACACGCACAGUCAGCGAGACUGACAAUCUACUCUUCACCACCAUGACGUUGAACCCGGCAAGAUUGCACUUGGACUACGAGUCUGCCAAAGCCACAAUGUUUGGUAAGCCAUUGGUGAAUAGCAUGUUCACUGUGGCGCUGUUGGUUGGCAUGUCUGUGCUGGAGACAACCCAUGGCACAACGAUUGCCAAUCUGGGUUUCGAUCAGGUGGUCUUUCCGCGGCCAGUUUUCUAUGGUGACACCCUGCGGGCAGAGACUGAAGUCAUCAAGAAUCGGCCCAGCUCAUCGGAUCCCUCUCGAGGCAUUGUGACCUUCGAGCAUCGGGCUUUUAAUCAGAAUGGGCAGAUUGUGUGCAAAGCCGUUCGCAAUGCGAUGAUGCGCAAGAGGCCGUCAAAGCUUUAA